AUGGCCGCCAUCACCGCUACCCUUUUCCUCUCUCUCUUCCUCCUAACCCUCGGCCGGGCCCAAUCCCAAACCCGUCCCACACCCGCCGCCCCGCCGCCGGCCUCCGACGCCUGCGUCGGAGUAUUCCUCUCUUACUCCUACGAAAGCGGAAGGAUCCUCCCGCCGAUUCGGCCCUCGGAUCCGGCCCGACAGCCCUACCGGUUCCAGUCCUCCUUCACCGUGCUCAACAACGACGCCCAAGAGCUCAAAUCCUGGCGGGUUUUCGUCGGGUUUCAGCACGACGAAUAUCUGGUGUCGGCCACGAAUGCCGUGCUUUCAGAUGGGAGCGCGAUGCCGGGGCCCGUGGGAAACGGGUCGGUCUUCGCGGGGUUCCCGAAUCCGGAUCUGAAAACGGGUAUCGAUACGGCGGGGGAUUUGACCCAGAUGGGAGUUCAGGUCGAGCUGGUGGGUACGCAGUUCGGAGUGGUCCCGCCGGAUGUGCCUAUGCCGGCGAAUAUCUCUCUGGUCAAUGAUGGGUGGAUUUGUCCCAGACCUAGAAUGCAAGGAAAUAGAACAAUGCAAGUAUGUUGCACUCAAGACCCAAAUUUCCUUCCCAACACCACCUCAGACAACGAAUUCCUCCCCCGCCAAAACGGCGACCUGACCAUAAUGUACGACAUAACUCGCACCUACCCAUCCAACUACUGGGCCCAGGUCACGAUCGAGAACCACAGCCCACUCGGCCGACUCGACAACUGGCAACUAAGCUGGGACUGGAUGGAGGACGAGUUCAUCUUCGCCAUGCGUGGAGCCUACCCUUCCGUAGUCGACACCUCCGCAUGCAUCUUCGGCCCACAAGGCCAAUUCUACCAACAACUCGACUUCUCCACCGCCUUGAACUGCGACCGCCGCCCCACCAUAGUCGACCUCCCUCUCUCCAUGACCAACGACACCACCUUCGGCAUGGUCCCCUUCUGCUGCCGAAACGGGACGAUUUUGCCCCCGGCCAUGGACCCUUCCCGCUCCCGCUCCUCCUUCCAAAUGAACGUCUUCAAAAUGCCCCCGAACGUCAACCGCUCUGACCUCACCCCACCCCAGAACUGGGCCAUCCACGGCCGCCUCAACCCGGACUACACCUGCGGGGCCCCAAUCCGGGUCGACCCGUCCCUCUUCCCCGACCCGUCCGCCCGUCUUCCCGACUCCGCCGCUGUCGCCAGCUGGCAGGUCGUCUGCAACAUCACGGCUCGAGCCAGAGGCUCGAGCCCGCCGCGGUGCUGCGUAUCGUUCUCGGCGUUCUACAACGAGUCGGUCGUCCCGUGCCCGACGUGCGCGUGCGGGUGCCCGGGCCCGGCGGCCCGGACAUGCAGCCCGACGGGCCGGGCCCUGCUACUCCCGCCCGAGGCGCUUUUGGUGCCGUUCGAGAACCGGACGCAGCUGGCGGCUGCGUGGGCCCAGCUACACCGGAAUGCGCUCCCGGCAGUGCGGCCGUGUGGGGACAACUGCGGAGUCAGCAUCAACUGGCACGUGCUGACGGAUUACAGAGGCGGGUGGUCGGCGCGAGUCACGCUUUUUAACUGGGAUGACGAUGCGUUUGCCGACUGGUUCACGGCGGUUGAGCUUAAACGGGCGGGUUUGGGAUUCGAGGCGGCGUACUCGUUUAACGGGACUGCGAUGGGGCUUGGGGUUGGUGGUGGGGUGAAUGAUACGAUUUUUAUGCAGGGAUUGCCGGGUCUGAAUUAUUUGGUGGGGGAGGUUGAUGGGGAAGGGAGGUCGAGGGGGCUGAGGGUACCGGGGAAGCAGCAGUCGGUGAUUUCGUUCACGAAGAGGAGGACACCGGGGAUUAAUGUGUCGGGAGGGGAUGGGUUUCCGACUAAGGUUUAUUUUAAUGGAGAGGAGUGCGCGUUGCCGGAUGUAAUUCCGACGAGUGGUGUGGGGCGGCUGGUGGUGGUGGGGUCGUCGGGGUUGGUGCAGGUGGUUGUGGGUGUGUUGGUUUGUGUUUUCUUGCGGCGAUAGUGAAUGAGUGAAGACAAGCAGGUCACGGCGCGUGUUUAUUUGUUCAUUCUUUUUUUGUCUUGGUUUAUGUGUGGUGAAAUGAUUUAGUGAGAAGGGUUUUUGUUGGAAUGGGGUGGUGAUGGUUCAGUUGUUUUGUGGGGAUGUUUUUGGUCGAAAUUCUGGUUGUUGAAGAUGGUGGACUUUUUAGAACAGUAUCAACGUUGGGUUUGUAAUAUAUAGUGCUAUACACAUUUUGUCUUUCUAUUCUAGUGGUAUUUUUUGCAUUGCGCCCGGACAUUACGGAAAUAAUACAAAUUUCGUAUACCUAAAAUAUUAUAUAAAAUCAAAUUAAAUGGUGAU